UAAAUUUCCCUUUCUGGCAGCCUAGCGUGAAUUAUAACUUAUUAACUGUGUUCUGUUGAAAUAUAGUUGAUAUCUGUUAAAAAAUCAACUCGCGUUCUUGGUCAAGAACCGCCAUCACGAUAUUUUGAUAUUCUGUUUCCAUAUGCGGCAAUUAAUAUUGUAUGAGCUUGAAAAUCGAGGAAUAUGGCUAUGUCUAGCAAGGAACUUAGAUGUCUAAGACGACUGACGCAUCAGUGAUUCCAAUCAAAAGAAGAACGGUUAAAGUUAAUGUGAAGAUUUACCUUUCCCAAGCUUUGUAUGAUAAUAUUCUUUGAUCCAUUUAGAUACAAUCCGACAUCUGACACCUUAGUGAUGGCCAAUAAACGUCUAAGUAAAUGUAAUUUGAAAACAAACGAGUUGGAACCUUUCGAGCAUAGCCUUAUUGACGAAGAUGUUCACGAAUUUGAUUUAAAUGGCGUGCUUUCACUGACAAUUGAUGACAACUUGGGAAUGACUAGCAGUGAAAGUGUUGACUCUACAUUAGACUCAUCUGAUGGUGAAAGUGACGAUAGUAGCUAUGGACUGCUUGAACCAAUUCGUACAUUAAAAACAAGCAUAAAACGUGGACUAAGUAUCUCAAUUAUCAGAGAAAGAACAGCGAAGGUGAACUUUGACAUUGUGAAUACAAGAAUUGCAGGUCACCAUAAACACGUGCUUUACACGCUUGUUGUGACACGAACACCUGGGCUUGACAGUGACAAGGCAAUUGUUGAGAAAAGGUAUUCUGAAUUUUAUAAACUCUACAAAGAGCUAAAGAAAAAGUACUCAAAUUUAAUGAAAAGCAUUGAGUUUCCCGAGAAAAAGCUUUAUGGAAACCUCAAGGGUACAGUAAUUAGUGAUCGUAGCAGACUUCUACAAGAUUUCAUUCGAAACAUUCACGAAAGUGAAGAGAUGAGAACUUCGGAAAAUUUUAAGAAUUUCUUUUACAUUCAAUCUCUACAGCAAGGCUGUAGGCAAAUAUCAGGUGGGAGAUUUGAAUCAGCUUUGAACUACUUCCUAAAUGGUUUUCAUCUUCAGCAAAAACUUGCGUUGGAUUCAACUGAUGAGGUUGUUGCAACUUUAGGUGGCAUUGUGGAAUGCUACUUGUCUCUUAAAAGCUUUGAAGAAGCUAUUAGGUAUAGUAAUGCUGCCCUCGAGUUGAUUGGUAAUGACAAUUCGAACAAAUAUUUGUUGCCGCUUUUACAAAGCCUUAAAAAUACUUAUACCUGGUUGGGUGAGGAUGCAAGUUCCAUUGAAAGGAGGUUAAAAGAGAUCAUAAACAUGAAUAAUAUAGAAAUUGAGCAUCUACCUUCAUUGAGGGAACUGACAGUUAAAAGAUUUGCAAACAAAUAAGAGAGUGAUCAUUAGCUUGCUAAAAUUAAUAUUUCAUAAAGAAAUAAUUGUAAUUGUACAUAUUUUGACAUAUUUUUCAUGUCAAUUUCUCUUGCAUCUCAAAUGCCUUCACCAUUUAACUUUUCCAGCCAUGGAAUCAUUUGUUUGAUUUCACGAUGCCAGUUCAACACUCCCUCAAUUGGAUUAUUUUUUACAUUUAGUUCUUUGAGGUUUGUACACUUUUGCAAUGCAAGAAAACAUGAAAUACGUCCAAUGUCUUUGUUCAUGAACGGUUAAGAAAGUAAUUCUGCAAAUUAGUUAUUAAAAUGGCAAAAGAAAAUGAACACAAUAUCAAUAAGCACUGAAUUUUCCCAACUGACCAAAGGAUACUGUUGUUGUUCAGGGAUAAUUCUUUCAAAUAUGGUAGAUUUAGACCUUGCUUGUUCACAAUCACUUCUAAGUUAUUGUUGUCAAGACAUAUCUUUCUAGCGCUUUGUAACAUAUUGCAGCCAUCCAGACUACGUAGUCUGUUGUUUGAUAAAUCAAUAUCGGUCAUAAGUAAGAGUCUAUCCAUAUGAUAAAGAGUUGUUAAAUCCUGGAAAUUAUAUAUGAUAUGUUAGUUUUUAAUUGCACUAGUUUUUGACACUUAUAUCUGGUUAUUAUCUUAUGAUAUUGUUGUGCAUUUAGUUAUUACUUUAUGCUCAUGUUGUGCAAUUGUACAUAGUUAUUACUUUAUGCUCAUGUUGUGCAAUUGUACAUAGUUAUUACUUUAUGUUCAUUUAGUCUUCAAUAUAAGCUUAUGUGUCUUUCAUUUCUUAA